AUGAACGAGGAGCUCUUGCUGCUUUACUCUUCACUGGCAUUGACCUUUUUGACUCUUCUUGCAGCCGUCCACCUCCUGGCCAGCUUCACCUCUUACCCUCCUCUCGUUGCGCUGGCAGAAGCUACGAACAUUAUGGAUCCCAACGCAAUCAUCGCUUUUGCCGUCGGCCUCGUCGCCUCGGUCGGCUUCCUGGUCUUUAUCAACUCUGGCAAGGCGAAACCUGUCCUGAACCCCACCGAGUGGCAGACGUUCAAGCUCACUGAGAAGCGGCAGCUGUCCGAGAACACUGCUCUCUACCGCUUCCGCCUUCCCUCCGACAACUCCAUCCUUGGACUGCCCAUUGGUCAGCAUGUCAGCGUUCAGGCCAACAUCAAUGGCAAGAAUGUCAUGAGGUCCUACACCCCUGUCUCCUCCGACGAUGACCGCGGCUUCUUCGACCUUCUUAUCAAGACGUACGACAAGGGCAACAUCAGCAAGCACGUCUCCACUCUCAAGAUCGGGGAUGGUCUGGAGGUGCGAGGGCCCAAGGGUCAGAUGCGCUACUCGAACGGGCUUGUGCGUCACCUGGGAAUGCUGGCGGGUGGCACAGGCAUCACGCCAAUGCUUCAAAUCAUCCGCGCCAUCGCCAAGGAUCCCCAGGACAAGACCGAGGUGGACCUCAUCUACGCCAACGUCAGCGAGGCUGAUAUCUUGUGUCGCAAGGAGCUGGACGACCUGGCGGCCAAGAACAAGCAAUUUAGAGUCCACUACUUCUUGAACAACCCUCCUGAGGGCUGGAAGGGGGGCGAGGGCUUCGUCACCAAGGAAGCUAUCAACGAUAAUUUCCCCACGCCCGCCGAAGACAUCAAGAUUUUGCUUUGUGGCCCUCCUCCUAUGAUAAAUGCUAUGAAGAAGCACCUGGAGGAGCUCAAGUACGACCCGCCUAAGCCUGUGUCUAAGCUGCCAGACCAAGUCUUUUCCUUCUGA